GGAUGGAGGCUGUGGCAGUGUGUGUAUGAGCCAUGGCGUCUACAUUGUCGCAGUGGUUUCGUAGCCUUCGUGUGAAGUUGCUGCAACGUUAUGAGCACCAGCCUUUCGUGUCAUGUUUGGCUGGUUUGUACGGCUGCCAGUGGAAACACUACAAGAGGAGUCAGUCUGAGGGCUGCUGCUGCAACAAGUUGGAGGGUGCCAGCUUUGCUGUGCUUGUGGCGGCUUUCUGCUUGACGCUGCUGUUCCUCUACUUCUGGGGACAAGCCAAGAAUGACUACAACGACUUUGACUGGUUUAACUUCGGGAACCUGGGCUUCUGGUUCCCGUGGUCUGUGGUGCUGCUGGCUGUCGCUGUGGUCUUCUUCACCUACGUCACAGUGCUUGUGGUGAGACACAAACGCUGCAUUGGCUUUUCAUCUCUCAUCUCGAUUUGUUCUUGUCCUUUUAGCUGACUGGAUAAUUUAUCCAAGUGGUAUUUGAAACAUUCACAUUCUAUCGGGAUCCUGGUGAGCCUGAUGGUCUCCGUCAUCGCCAUGGCCGUCUUGUCCAACCUGUGGAGUAAAGAAUGGAGGACGCUGCUGCUGUCCUUCCAGGUAACAGCACCUUUCUUACAUGUGGGCGGAGUCUUACUGAUGACAUCACUGGCUUGGCCUGUUGCUUUGCAUUUCUUUCGCAUGAAAAGCACAGUACGGCGAGGCCUGAUCGUGGCCGUGUACCUGACCGUCCUGUUGUCCCUCUACUUGGUUCCUCUCGGGUUGUAUUCUCCUUGUAUCAAAGAGAAGGGGACCCUGGGCCCUGCACCGGCUCUCAUUGGCCACAGAGGAGCCCCUAUGCUUGCUCCAGAAAACACCCUGAUGUCCUUUGAGAAGGCGGUGGAGGCUGGGUGUGACGGUCUGGAGACGGAUGUCACCAUCAGUUUUGAUGGAGUGCCUUUUCUGAUGCAUGACUACACUCUGCAGCGGACGACCAACAUCCAUGAAGUUUUCCCAAACCGGACCAAUACUCCAGCUGCCAGGUUUACCUGGAACGAGCUGGAGAGCCUGAACGCUGGGGACUGGUUCCUGUCUCACAACCCAUUUGGCACGGCUGGCUCUCUGAACGCAGACGACCGACAGCGAGCUGGAAACCAGUCGGUCUGUAGCCUGCAGGCCUUCCUCCAGCUGGCAGCUCAGACGGGCAAACUCGUGAUCUUCGACCUCUAUCGGCCACCCAGAGAUCACCCUUUCAGAGACACCUGGAUCCAGCGCACGCUCGAGGUCAUCCAGAACGAAUCAUCCAUCCAUUCCUCACAGGUGCUUUGGCUGCCAUCAAAUCUCAGAGCUCUGGUCCAGGAACUCGAUCCUGAGCUCCAGCAGACUUCAGGCAGUCGGCUCCCUCUAGAGGAGCUCCAGAGUAACCACAUCGUCAAACUCAACCUGGACUACACUUCCAUGUCUGCUGAGCUCAUCAGGGAGUACACUGCAGUAAACAUCACCACAAACUUGUAUGUGAUCAGUCAGCCGUGGCUCUACUCUCUAGCCUGGUGUGCUGGAGUGCAUUCAGUCACCACUAACGCCCCCCAGCUGCUCAGCACCAUCAGUUCCCCUUUGUUUAUCAUGAGUCCCGAUGAGUAUAAAUUGAUGUGGAUUCUUACUGAUCUGAUGUCCUUUGUGCUGAUCCUCCUUAUCUUCUUCUUCCACAGAUGGAGAGAGAGAGAACUGGCUUUCUGCACGGGCAGCAGGAUCAAGUUGGAAGGUGGCACUUACAGCAAAUUUAAAAAGGAGUUGAGUGAUAUCUGGUCGGUCUCCAGUGGGAACUCAGCAGCGGAAAAGAUGCCCAGCCUGGCUGCUGUAACAGAGCACUAAUGUCUGCUGAGUCUUCGAAGCCCAAUCGCACACUGCCAACCUCAAAAAACUUCUGUGUCUUAAUGAAUUAAAGUGGCUGAAACAA